UCCAACACAUACACAUUCUUUAAUAAAAAAAAACUUUCAUUCGAAUCAUUUUCCUAAAAUAUUUUUUUUGCAUAAUGAAGAUGGCUGAUGGGGCUACUAUUUUGCGAAGAAAUCGGCCAGGAACAAAAGCAAAAGAUUUUUGUCGAUGGCCAGACGAACCGCUUGAAGAAAUGGAUAGUACUUUGGCUGUUCAACAAUUUAUUCAGCAACUGAUUAAAAGAGAUCCAUCAAACGUGGAAUUGAUUUUAACUAUGCCCGAUGCGCAGGACGAAGGGGUUUGGAAGUAUGAACAUCUUAGACAAUUUUGUAUGGAGCUGAAUGGUUUGGCGGUUCGGUUGCAAAGUCAAUGUUUCCCUUCUACGUGUACACAGAUGACGGCAACAGAACAAUGGAUAUUUUUAUGUGCUGCUCAUAAAACACCAAAAGAAUGUCCUGCCAUUGACUAUACACGUCACACAUUAGAUGGUGCAGCUUGUUUAUUAAAUAGUAACAAAUAUUUUCCAAGCAGGGUUUCAAUAAAAGAGUCAUCAGUUGCCAAAUUAGGCUCUGUGUGUCGUCGUGUUUAUAGAAUUUUUUCACAUGCAUAUUUUCAUCAUCGAAGAAUAUUUGAUGAGUUUGAAUCAGAAACUUUUUUAUGUCAUCGUUUUACACAUUUUGUAACAAAAUAUAAUCUCAUGUCAAAAGAAAAUUUAAUUGUUCCAAUUAAUGAAGAAGAAAAUGCUAAUCCAGGUGAAAGUGAAGCUUAAGCUGUUUCCUUUUGUUUUGUGACUUACAGGAGAUUUCAUUAAAUAUUAUGUAGGAAAAAAAGCAAAAAUAUGAAGCAAAAAAUAUAACAACUAAAUUAUAGGUAAAAACAAAUAAUAAGGAGUGUUAUCAAUAAUUUUCCUAAAUUAUGUUAUGAGUCAAAAAUUAUGUAUAAUUAAAAUACAUUAAAAUCACAAAUCAAUAAUUCAUUAAAUAAAGUAAAUAAUUAAUUAAACAACCUACGAUUAAUCAGUUACAUUUAUCAGUUAUUUUUAACAAUCAAUAUAACAAAGAAAAACUUGGAAUUUUUUAAGAAUUCAGUUUCUAUUCGUAAAAAUUUAAAUAAAAAAACAAAAUUUUUUGCCUUUUUUGAAAUUGUUGAACUUAAUGUUGGUAAAAAUGAAGUUAAUAAGCAAAAUUUGUAAAAACUACAAAAACCAAAUUUACAUGCUUUGUUGAAAUCCAGUGCACGAUAUCACAUUUAAAAAAGUUAUUUUAAUAUUUUUAUAUUAUUUAAAAGAAGCAAAAAUAUUACGUAGCAUUAUUUUUGAUGUAAGUAUGUAACUUUUUUUUAUAUGGUUUACACUACUUACGAUUUACAUAUUCUGUCUUACAGCUUUUUAUAUAAUUAUAUACUAAAUAAAUAAGCUUUAAGUUAUAUGAAUUACAUAAGCGUUAAGUAUAUAAUCAAUUUUUAAAAAUACUUUAAAAGUAAACAAAAAAAUGAGCAUUUAAUAAUGAAUUUUAAUAAAUUUUUUAAAUAUUUUAAGAAAAAAUAAUUAGUUUUUACCCUAU